AUGAGAACAUGUAUCUUUGUUCACAGACAUUCAUUCACUAAUAUAUCCAAUUCUUUAUUACACAUCACCCUAUUGUAUUUGUUUCUCUGUAGGUACACAGAUAUGUUACGUUACUCUUGCGUAACUCAUGCAUCAUCAAUCACAAGAAAUUUCUUAUUUAAAACAUAUUUUUCCAAGUUGUCAUCCUUAAAAUUGAAGGAAGAAAAUAAUUCACCCGAUGUGAACCCACCUUUGAAACGGUACAGGAAUUCUACUUCUGUUAUACGCGCAUUAAUUUCAUGUGUGCAACCUGUUCCAGAAGCUCCAAUUUUCUAUUUAGGUCCAGAUUUUAGUUAUUUAUCGACCUCAAAAACACGUCUUUGUAUGUUAUCAAAAGCUAAAGGUCGUUUAGCUGCAAGAGUAUCUGCCAGAGAUUUUUUUCCGAAUGAUAUUACAGCUUUAAGUACAGAAGCUCCACAUAUUAAGCGAUGGAUACCUAUACAAACUCCAGAUAGUAUUUUGAAACGUGCUGUUGAAGGAUCAUUAAGCAAUGAUGAAGCUAUGGAUCGGUUGAUUUUACUUCUUGCUCCUAAACAUUCGUGGAAAUUAUAUAAUGAGAUAGCUCCUGAUUACAAAUGGACAUCGAAUACUUUGCAUCGCUUGCUUGACCUUUUAUGUGUUACAAAUGGUGGUCGAGGUGGAUCUCAUUCCCAUGUAUUAUUAAAUAAUUAUAAUUGGAGUAAUCUUCCGGAUCCAGAUGAAAUCUAUAUGACUCAUCGUUUUGAUUUUACUCCUAGAUAUAAUCAUGACAAACAAAUAAUAACCAAUCAAAACGAGUUGGAAAAUAUAACAGAUGAUGAAAUCAACUAUGAGUUUACAGGGGACUCCAUAUCAUUAGUAGGAGAGUCUAAUAAUUGGAAUUUAGAUUCACCUGCAGAAAAAUUGUUUCAUAAAGAAUUUAACAUUCUCAACACUCCAGCAGGUUAUCGAAGUAUGAUUCGUGGUGCAGCUAGAUUCGGUAAUGCUGAUCGUGCUUUCGAAUUGACUAAACUUGUAUGGGAAUCAAAAAAUGACGAUAAAUAUCUUGAUCUAGCCACAUAUAAUCAAUUAAUUCGUUCUCUACAUCAAUUAACCGUUGUAAUGAGAGGUGAAGAGAAUCUGUGGAAUGUAAUUUUGGAUAUUUUAGAACAUGUGAAAACAUGUGGAGAUCCAAUAAAUAUUUCAAUUUUUACCAAUAUUCUUUAUACACUAGCAUAUGCAAGUGCUAAAAUGAAAUAUUCGACGUCACCAACAUUACAUUUAUCUAAUGGAAAUUAUGUCUCAAUAGGUUUAGGCUUAUUAAAUGAAUUAAAACGAUUAAAUUUUAAACCUGAACUUGGUACAUUAGCUAAUUUGUUGUUGUUAAUUCAUGAAACACGAGCACCUGUAAAUCGAUCUUCCACAUCGACAAUAAAUAAACAGAAUAAUAAUAAUUUGAUAAAUUAUCAUACUGAUAAUUCAUCCUAUACUUGUUCUAAUCUAUUGAAUGAAUUAUUAAAUGAAGUAGAAAUCUAUUUUAAUAAUAAUAAUUCUGGUAUAGGCGGUUCACCUCAACGUUUUGAUGCAUGGACAAUGGAUGAUUAUACGUUUUUUCCAAUAGCAAUGAAAUGUGCAGUGAAUGAAUUAAAUGUAGAAUUAGGUCAAAAAAUCCAUAAUUUAUUAAUUCAUCAUGAAGAUAGAACAUUUUUAUUGCCUAAUAGUCGAAUGAAACGAACUUAUAUGUAUCAUUAUUGUAGAUUAAUGAUUCAAUUUAAUGAAUGUGAUAUGAGUGAAUUUGAUCAAUUAAUCCAACGUUAUAAUACAACUUAUUGUCAGUAUUUUGAAGUGAUAUUAUCAUCAAACAGUUUACUGAUAGUUUUAAUCAAAAAUUAUAACAGAAUAUUGAGAUUAUGCGAUAGUUAUACUGUACCGAAUCUAAAGAUCCCUUUAAACAAAAAGACAUAUAAUCAACAAACUAUCCAUUCAAUAAAAUUAGCCGUAUAUAGUCACCUAUGCAGAAUAUUAAAUGAUUUGUUAAAUACUGAAUUCUCUCACUAUUUAUAUGUUUCUCCAAGCACCAUUAAACGGAUAACGCUUACAGUGUGCAAAUGGGCUACUAUUAAUCCAAAGAAUGCAUUAGAUAUGUCUAUGAAUAUAAUAAAUACUUUAAAAAGGUUAGAUAAUUUAAUAAAACCAAUAAAUGAUGUUUCUACAACUACUAGAUCUCAUGAUGUGAGUGGAAUAAAAGUUGAUCAAUCAAUUAUGAAACAGUAUGACCAACUUGUUAAAUUUAUGAUCAUUGAAAGUACAAAAUUAUGUUUUCCAAUUUUUGAUGAAUUAUCUACUGAAUAUAAUAAUGAUAAUAAAAUCAAUCGUGAAGAAUACUUAACAUGGAAAACAAAAUUAAUUAACGCAUUAUACGAUUGGUUUAGUUAUGCUGAAAGUCAUAAAAUGAUUACAUGGGAAUGGGCGAUAAAAGGAUUAUAUAUUUUAUGGAAAGAAGAUGAUUUUAUACAACUGGAUUUUAUGUGGAAUGUUAUGCAAUGUUUGGCGGAACAAGACGUGGAAUUCGAAGUUUGCGUUAGAGAACAAAGAGAUUUACUAGAACCGAUUUUAAACAUUCUAGAACAGUCCAUUCCAAAAAUCCCACAACAAGAUAUCAGAUCAGUCGAAAAACUAGAAUGUUUACAGUUCCUGAGGAAGGUUCUUAGCGCCACGGAGUCUACAAAUAUACUACCCUUGUAUUCUAGUACGUCUAACGCCGUUGAAAUUUGCGCCCAUAAUUCUCAGUAAAUGAAUAAAUUUACAUGCCUCUUACUUGUUCUAAAC